GGAGCAGCACAAUCCUGACGCUGCUCUUGUUUCUGUUCUUCUUUUCUUCGUCCUCGAAAACACAACCGACAACCUCGUCCUCAAAAUUAAUUGAAAUUCAAAAUUGCUAAAAUUAAGAAAACAAAAAGUCACGUGUAUUCCACGCCGCCACCAAUAACUCUCUGCUCUCUCCUCUCCCCACCGUCGUCAACGCACAAACAUCAACCCGUUCCCCUUUCCGAACCGGAAUGGAGGUUGGGGUUUCCGAUCCGAACCCGAACCCGGUUCGGGUGAAGCGAAAAACCCUUGAGGCCAUGCUGGAACAGUGUCAGAGAGCCCUUGAACUCAUCAAUGCUUCCGAUGGACAACACCAAGAGCAAGAAGAGGAGGAAGAAGAAGACUCUGACGAAUCGCAACCUUCCACCUCCCCCGAUCCAGAAACCGAUCAGGCUUCUCAGUCUCGUGUUAGCGGAAAAAUGAGGGCUUCUUUGAUGAACGGAUUACUUCGAAUUUUUGCAUUGUGUGACCUAAUCAAAUCCAGAGUUGAGUGCCGUGACUUCCUUGAGAAGUUGGAGUAUGCACAAGCAUCAGUUUCUCUCAGUGUAGCUGAAGAAGGUAGUUCUUGGGAUCUUGUUAGCGAAAAUGAUCUUUGGGAAGGUGAAGAUGCUAACUCUAACUCAGACCAAGAAGAUUAUGUCCUUGUUAAACAAGAAGAUAUAGUGGAAGGAAUAGCAUGCUUCAUGGCUGCAUAUUUGUUGUCCCUCAAGCAAACCAAGGAUUUAACCCCAAAUCAACUCCAGGAUGCUCUUAGCAAGACAUUUUCUGUGCAAAAGAAAAAGGGAAAGCUUCGAAAGGCAUGGGAUGGGAGCAAAGUUGUUUAUAAUGUUGCAUCAUGGGGAGCUACAGCCAUUGGGAUAUAUCAAAAUCCUGUUAUUGCAAGGAUUGCAACUAAAGCAUUCUGGACUUCUUGCCAAGUUAUAUCAAAGCUACUCUGAUCAGCCGAUGCAGCUUGAAGAAAAGUUGAUCUAUAGUAAAUUGACUGUUGUGUAUUUGCUUGUGCUGCAAUUAAGCUUGGUUUUCUAAACUCCCUCUGCACCGAAGUUCAAUUGAUCUUUAUGUAGUUUGAUCAUGUAAAUAUCUUUAUUCAAA